AUGGCGGAAGACCGAGCACAGGCUGCUACCUCUGUCGCAAACGGAAGAUCAAGUACCUCCUCGACAGGUAACAAACAGCCCAGUCGCCAGGGUACCUCCGAGCGGUCAGGCCAUCACAAGCUACCUCUCGCACGGUAUCCGGUUGCUGAUUCUACAUGGGAGGAACGUGCGAUUUGCUACUUCUUUGAUCAGUACACGACCGUCGACCGGCCCGACGAAUGUGUGAGCCACCUGGGCUUCCUGCCCUCUCUGUAUGCUAUCUGUCGGGACGGGAAGCAGGAUGGCUCCGCGGCGUCGUGUCUCCUCCUUGCGGUGGACGCCACGGCGCUCAUCACGCUGGGAAAUCAGGUAAAGGCACCAUCGCUGAUUCUCAAAGGCCGGAGGUAUUAUGGGAUGGCGCUCCGCGGCCUUCGGCGAGCGUUGACGUCGCUAGAACAAGCCGUCAAAGACGAGACGUUUACUACGAUGGUCCUCUUGUCCCUAUUUGAGGAUAUCAACGGAGAGAGGAACGGGCUUGUCAGUUCUCAUACCGCGGGGUUCGAGUUUUUGAUGAAAUUAAGAGGUGAAAGCCAAUUGGGGAACGCGCAAGGCAGGGAUUUGUUCAGCUUUGCCUAUGCCCAGACGCACAUUGAAAUCCUCGCCUUGAGGGAAAAGCCGCGGCACGACACGGAUUGGAUCGCCGGGGGGCUGGACAGUUCCGAUCCCGUAGCGCGUUUGAUUCUGAUGUCGUCCAAGAUCAGUCAGAUCAUUGUCGAGACCUCAUCGUUCCAGGGGCCCCUCAACGCAGAGGGGAUCGCCAGGCUCUCUGCGUGGCUCGAGACCAGUCAGAUCGUGGACCUUGAAUUCUCUUCAUGGGACCAGCGCCUCCCCGACAAUUGGCUCCCUGAAGUUGUCCCCACACUAAAGGGCGAAUCCCUCCUGACCUAUCAACAGAUGGGCAUUGCGGCCAUCUGGACCUACUAUCGGGCAGUCCGCAUUAUUCUCCAACAGCUGAUCCUCCAGCUCCGGGGGACGAUCAAAACCCUCGUCGGAGACGACGGGAUAAAUAACGAGGUUACGCAAGAUGACAUCGAAGUUAGGGUGAUCCGCAAGAUGAUCACAGACGCCUGCCGCAGUAUCCCAUUCUGCUUUGGAGACAUCGACGCACGGGGGAACUCGAUUCCGUCGUCCUCAGAGGGGAAGCCUCGUGUUCGCGCAGUCUAUGGGCACUCUAUGCUGUGGCCUCUGUGGUAUAUGUUAUCAUGCGGACCGGCGACGCCGGAACAGUCGGCUCAGCUUCGGGGGGCUCUGGCCCGGGUAGGGUCUGCGCUUGGCAUCAAGCUGGCGCUCAUUCUGGUAGGGGACGGCACCCCUCGCUCGGCGUCUUCGGGCCUGACUUCUCACCUGAUGCAGCCCGGGUUCGGGCAAUUCGUUUAG